CUCGUGCGCCCUCUUUGAUUUUGCGUUGGAAUUUAGAUUGUUUGAGUUACGGUGCCGCGUGACGUCAUAGUUAGAUAAAGAUGGAACAUUUAUACGUUUGAGCCGAAAUCUACCUUAUAUUUAAAAAGCAGUGCUCAUAGCGAAAAACUUUGAACAUUACACAAUUUUGAAAAAAACUGACGAUGGACAAUCCAGAUUCGCCCGAUUCGCUGGCUAGUGAUCAACUUACCGUCGAUUUGCUCAGUCCACGUUCGAAGCGUCGCCGGAUAGUUAUUAACGAAGUUAGUGAUAAUAGGGACAUUGAUAAUGACACUCCGGACGCUAAAAAUAAUAACAACGAUGUAGGUUUCGUUCUCAUGGAAGACGACCACCAGGAAAAUGGCACCGAAGAUGAUGAUGAUGAUCGUCUGACAGCUAGUGGCCACGGCUCUCUAGCGUUAAGCGGCAGCUCUCCAGGUUACGGCGCUGGGGCGUCCGGGGCAGGUCGGGGGGCGGCUGGGGGCCUUCAUCACGCCGCCGCCGCAGCCGCCAUGCAACACCAACUGCCCCAACCAGACUUCCAGCCGCCCUACUUUCCGCCACCUUUUCAUCACGCUCCUAGUCCCCCGCCGCAGCAACAUUUGGAGUACCUGACAGACCCUUACGGUGGAUUAUCAGGAUUGCACCACUACAAUCAGUUAGGUUUGAGGCCUAGGGAAGGUGAUCCGAACCAUUCGCAUGUGGGACAACUGGGCCACGGUGCAAGCUUCCCUUACAGUGCCCCUGGAGGUGGUAGACCUGAUUAUUCAGUCGCACCUCAAAGGCACGACGACCCGCUCUCCUUGCAUCAAGCGUUAGGUCAGGCCGUGGAGGACGCACAAGGAGGCAUAGAUGACAAUACAGGGUUUAUAACCGAUCUUCCUUUACUUAAGGGGAUGAAAGGAGGCAAAGAUCAUUCAGGAGUAGGUUCCAUGGUCUCGCCUAGUGACGUAUUCUGUUCGGUUCCCGGCAGACUCUCCCUCUUAUCGUCGACUUCCAAAUACAAAGUAACAGUGGGUGAAGUGCAAAGGAGACUAUCGCCUCCGGAAUGCCUCAACGCGUCUCUCUUAGGCGGCGUGCUGAGGAGAGCGAAAAGCAAAAAUGGAGGAAGGAUUCUCAGGGAAAAAUUAGAAAAGAUUGGCCUUAAUUUGCCCGCCGGUAGAAGGAAAGCGGCAAACGUAACUUUGCUGACAUCAUUAGUAGAAGGGGAAGCUAUUCACUUGGCUAGAGAUUUCGGUUACGUCUGCGAAACGGAAUUCCCCGCACGUCAGGUCGCCGAAUAUCUUCUUCGUCAGCAUGGAGAGACUCCAAGACGAAAAGAACUCCUUCAGGCAACGAAGCAAAUCACUAAAGAGCUUAUGGAUCUGCUCAACCAGGACAGAUCGCCUUUGUGCAAUACCAGGCCCCAAAUACUUCUCGAUCCUUCUAUUCAGAGACAUUUAACGCAUUUCUCUUUAAUAAGUCACGGUUUCGGAAGCCCAGCCAUAGUCGCAGCUUUAACCGCGAUUCAGAACUUUUUAAGCGAAUCGUUAAAACACCUGGAUAAAGUAUUUCCUAACCAAAAUACUCAACAAGGACAGGGUAUGUUAGUAACGUCAUCUCUUGAUAAAGGGAAGCUUGACGACAAAAAGUGACUAUGCUGUAAAAGUUUGUGUUGUGAUCUGAGGUGCCAUUCGAGUUCGAAACGUAGCGAAUGCAUCUUUUAAGUUUAUUACGUUUUGCCAGACAUUGUUGACAAGUAUUAUGUAUUUUUGUUUUUUUUUUUUGUAUUUGUAUAUUGUCAAUUUUACAUGGAAUAUAUUUUUUUGAAAGUGCCAAUGCCGAUACUGUAUUAUAAGAUAAACGUGAC